CUCCCCUCCUUUUCAUCCUUUCAGGUCUCGGAUGUUAUCCUUUCCCUCUGAGAAUCGCAAACAUCAUUUCAUCUAGCCAGGUUCAACUAAGACACGACCUCCCUUGGCUUCCAGCUUUUCUCCAACAAUUUUGACAACUGCCUCGUGAGAUCUGGGGAGAGGGCAGAUUUUUUAGAUCUAACUUCCAAAUUCCCAGACCACUUGAAGAGCUCAUAAUUCAAAUAAUUCGUGGAAGUCUUUGAAGCAGCAUUUGCAAGCACACCCACGACUCUGGACUGAAAGCUGCUCUAAUAAGACGUCGAGACCCCAUCCCUUUGCCCAUCUUCCCCAGGCUGCUAACUUGCACCAGCAUGGCAGACAAUCGAAAGCCAGAAGACAGUGCCCCCCAGUGGGACCCAUCAGGGGGGCAGGAGCCUGGGGGCACCCAUGGAGCCAAUGGCUACUCUUCCUCAGCCUACAGAACCUGCCAGUCUGGUGGAUCCCACAUGGCCACACCCCCUUAUACUGCAAGAGAGAAUGGCUUUAAUGGGGAGCUAAGUGGAGCAAAUGCUAUAACUGCAGAGCAAGUGUCUGCGCGGAUUGUGCAGGAAGUGACGGCAGAGGCAGUGGCAGUCCUGAAAGGAGAGCAGGAGACUCAACGGCUGCCGUCAGUUGAAGAUACCACCAACUUGCCUCCCUCCCCUCCCCCUUCACCUGCAGCUGAGCACUUUGGUCCUCUGGAACAAGAUGUAGGGGAUGAGGAGGAGGCGGGCCCUCUCCGCCGCUUCCAAAAUUCUCGGGAGAGGUGCAAGUUCCUCGCCCCCUCCAUCUCAGUUUCCGUGCCCGAGGACGACCCCUACCACUCCGACGAGGAGUACUAUGAGCACCCAUUGUUCAGCCCUGAGUGGACGCACUCGGGCGCUCGCCCCACAGGGCACGCCGUGGCCUUUAGACAGAUUGAAGAAGAGACCAUGGAGGCUCUUACAGCUGAAUACGAGGAGGAAGUGGAAGAGGAGGAGGAGGAGCAGGAGGAGAGUACAGAGGCAGCAGAAUCCGAGGCAGCUCUUGAUGAGCAGCAGUGGAGUGGGGAAGAGCCCGAGCUGGACAGCCCCCAAGUUGAGUCCUUAGAUCAGGCAGGGGCCAUAGACGAGGCCCAGGAUGUAGACCUGGAGCCUGCCGAGGCAGCUAGUGCUGCUGCAGAAAGCUCUAUGGACAGAGAGGAGGAGGAAGAGGAGGAGGAAGCAGAGGGUGAGGAAAGCCCUGAGACAGCUUUGAAGAUGGACUCGGACAAGCAGGACAGUGGGUCCAUGAGCCCUGACAGUAUUGGGUCGGAGAAACGCCCAGAUGAAUUUUUUGAGCCACAGAUCCAAGGGUUCUUUGCUGGUGAAAGAGUCGUACCUGAGAGCCCCACCAUGGAUAUGCCAUCCUUUGUACCUCCAGAUGUUCAAAGCCAAGCCAAAGAAUCAACCAGAUCUCUAACACUUCAGCCCACAUAUGGUGAGCCAAUCACAGUGUCUGAAAAACAGCCAUCAGUGGAGGUGGUGGAGUUCAGCAGCAUCGGUGCUCCUUCUGAUUUCUCCCCACUGGGAGUCAAAGUUCAAGGAGGAGAUGCACCAAGAGAUGCCAGAGACAGAUCUGGCAUGUCGGCAUAUUUCGAAACUUCAGCCAUGGAGGUUGAUGAAGGUCCCCUCUGUAAGGGAGAGGGUUAUUACGAACUCAGUCGAUCUGGUGAAAAGAACGUUACAGGUGAUACCAGGUCUCAGGAAAUUAGCUACAGCACAUUAGCUGAGGCAAAUGAUAAGCCUGAAAUGAAGACAAGUACAGCAGGAGACACUGGCACAUUUACAGUUCCUGAAAAGAGUAAUGACUGCAGGCUUUCUCCUGGUAAACUCGCCUUAGACCAGAGGAGUUACUCACUUAACAUCACCAUUGGAUCAAUGGAUCAGAGUGGCCAAGGCAGACCUAGGAACUUUUCCCCACUGGCCACAGACAUCAUGUCAUACACUAGUGGAAGUCUAGAUGAGUCAGCUGACUACCUUCCAGUUUCUACACCUGCAGUAGAUAAGCCUCCAUCAUUCCCUCCCCUCAUCCUGGAAACGGCUGCUUCUGUCACUUCAGAUUCCUCAUCUCCUCCAAGGACUGCCGAAGCAACUUCAAAAACCAGCCCCCAACCAGAGUCUCCAGAAUCACCUCAGCCCCCUAAAAGUAACUACAAAAAUGGCACAGUGAUGGCACAAGACUUGCCUGAGAUGUUAGACCUUGCUGGGACCCGCUCUAGACUGGCUUCAGAUAACACUGACCCCGAGAUCAUCCGGAGACAAUCAAUUCAAGCAGAUGCUCCUGCUUCCACCGAUGACCCCAUGGCCAGCUUAGCUUCAGGGGAGCAGAGUCCUGGAUCUAGAAAGAGUGACAGUCAACUGGAAGAGAUGGGCUAUUGUGUAUUCAGCGAAUAUUCCGGGCCCAUGCCAUCUCCUGCAGAUGUGUUCAGCCCCACGGACACCUCUGCACAAGUAUUCACCCCCUCUGUCUUGGAGGAGAAAGUGGCUGAACAGGCAAGGAAAUUAGCAGUUAGAGAUAUGUCUGAGGAUGACAAGAACCAGACAUCAGGAGCUGCUGAUGAAGAUGAGAGGACAGACCAGAAGCAAGUGGAGAAAGAAGAUUCUGUUGAAGAAACAAGCAAAGAUGUUAAAAAUGAUCAACCGUCAAAAUCUGUAAGCGAGGCCCCAGUCGCUCAACCAAUCGACACUUUUGUGACGCCGACUGUUACCGUUACUCUAGAAGAAUGUGAAAGGUCAGCGAGCGAGACUGAACGUCAAGGCAGCUGUGAAGGCUCGGCAUCUGAAACCGAGAUCGCAGACUAUGAGAGGCAGAUCCGCAAACUUGAAAUGGAGGACAGGCCUCUGAGUUUGGAGGAGGAGCGAGAACUGCAGGAGCUUCGGGAGAAGGUGAAACUGGUACACCAGGAAGCCUACGAGGAGGUGGAUGCUGAGGAUGUGUACCAGCUGACUGGCAUGGCCAAGGACCGGAUUGCCAGACCUGUCAAAACCUCACCUACUUCAUCCGUGGAGAGCAACAUUGAUGAUGACAAGCUGCUCUCCCCAGUACUCUCACCCUCCAAACUUAAACAAAGAGAACUGUAUGGUUCUCCCAAGAGAACACCUUCACCUGUAUUAGGAAUAAAUAGAGAUGAGAGGGACGAGGCAGAAAGAAAAAUGAAAGAAGAACAGGAGAGAGAAGCAGCUGAGAGGAAAAAACAGGAAGAAGAGAGAAAAAUCGAAAAAGAGAGAAUGGAGAAUGAGUUGAGAGAAAAGGAAGAGAAAGAAAAGAUAGAGAGGGAACUGAAAGAAAAGGAAGAAAGCAAGAAAGUGUCAGAGGUGGAAAUAAAGGACCUGCCAGUGGAAGUAGAAGCAAGACAGCAAGAAGAAAAAGCUGCCAUAAAUCACGCCGAGGAAGAGGCUGGAAACCUGAAAGAGAAAAGUGAGGAAGAUGGAUUGAAGAAAGCCGGUGCAGAGAUGGAAGUGAUGAAGGAGAUCCCCGAGACCCACGCCGCCAUUGAAUCAGUGGUGAUGGUUGAAGAUGAUUUUAUCACUGUGGUCCAGACAAUCGAUGAGGCAGAAGAACCGGGACACAGCGUUCGGUUCUCAGCGCCUCCUGAGGCUGAAGCCCUUUGUGUCGCUGCCCGAAAAGAAGAUGAAGAAGAAGAAGAAGAGGAGGAGUCUGUGGAGCUGGCCCAGGAAGCAGACAUGGAGGCAGCCAGUCUUGAAGAAGUGGGCGAUGUUCCUGAAUCCCUUGCCUCCCCAGUAAGGGAUGCUCAGCCCAUAGAAACAGAAGGGCCGACAGAAAGCUAUGACAGAGAUGAAACCACAGUAGACGACUCCAUCCUGGACAGUUCCUGGGUGGACACACAAGAUGAUGAUAAGAGUGUGGUAACAGAGCAGAUUGAGCCUUUGCCCAAGGUGCCUAGUCCAGUCAAAAAGCCUCCUGUGGUCCAGAGCAAGCAAACACAACAGCGGAAGAUGGAGAGACUGGAAAAACCUGUUAAACCCAAGACCAAAGCAGGGCGAGCUAAGGGACGGACCUCCACACCUGAACGCAAACCUGUCCGCAAAGAACCUGUCUACAUCCCCAGGGAGGAGAUCAAGAAGAAAAAAGCUGUCAUAAGGAAGACUGAGCUCACCAAAAAAGUGGAGGCUCAGACUCUAUCUCCAUCCAAGAGGGGUGGGGUGAAGCCAGCAGUCCGCCAGACCCGUCCAGCCCAACACCACUCCUGCCCCAGAAGGAGACCCACAGAGAGCCUACCAGACAAUCGCCCGCCUCUCAGUGUUGCCAGAAAGUCUCGUGACCGAGCAUCGGAUGGUGCAUCGCGAAGCCCAGACAAGCGGUCCUCUCUGCCACGUCAUGGCCACUAUCUGAGUCGCCGUGGGUACCACGAACAUGAAGAGAGUUCUACUUCUAUCACCAGCUCUGGGUCUACGGCUCCCCGCAGACCCACAUCAUUUCGGACUGAGAUGAGGGCAGAACACAGGAUAGGACGAGCACCUAGUAUGACAGUUACAGAAUCAGUGCGCUCCCGUUCAGCUCGCAGUGGCCACUCCACCCCCCGCACCCCUGGCUCCACAGCCAUCACCCCUGGAACCCCCCCCAGCUACUCAUCUUCAAGGACUCCUGGGACCCCACGCUCCCUCAGUUUGAUUUCUCAGGAGAGGAAGGUGGCCAUCAUCCGCACCCCACCCAAGUCACCCGCAACCACUCCCAAGCAACUCCGCAUCAUCAACCAGCCACUGCCUGACUUCAAGAACAUCAAGUCUAAGAUCGGCUCCACAGAGAACAUCAAGUAUCAGCCCAAAGGAGGACAGGUUCUCAUCCCCAGUGUUAAACUGGACUAUAGCCAUGUUCAGUCUAGGUGUGGUUCCUUGGACAGGCGAGGCUACUCAGCAGGAGGUGGAAACGUGCAAAUACAGAACAAGAAAAUUGACUUGAGCCAUGUGACUUCCAAGUGCGGUUCUCUAGACAACAUCCAUCAUCGGCCAGGGGGUGGCAAUGUGCGUAUAGAGAGUGUGAAGUUGGACUUCAAAGACAAAGCCCAAGCCAAGGUGGGUUCCCUGGAUAAUGCUCAUCACAUUCCUGGUGGAGGCCAUGUCAUGAUUGAGAGCCAUAGGUUGACAUUUCGAGACCACGCGAAGGCCAGGGUGGACCACGGAGCGGAGAUCAUUGUCCAGUCGCCUGGUCUGUCCGGGUCUGUGUCACCUCACCGCCACCGGGAAAGCCACCUAUCAUCCUCCGGCAGUCUUAACAUGAUGGAGUCACCACAGUUAGCGACCUUGGCUGAGGAUGUCACUGCAGCUCUGGCCAAGCAGGGUUUGUGAACACUGGAUCUGUGGAUUGCCCCUCUUCACCCCAAGACGUCCUCAUCCUCAGCCUUUUAAACUUUUCUGCCCUCUCCUGCCACCCUGAGGCAGAGUGAUUAUCACUACUGCUCAGCUAAACCACAGCCUCUAAACUGCUUUCUUUCAAGAUCUUUCAACAUCACUCAACUCUAAGUAGAGACUCGAGUUAGGAGCUACUGUAAUUUGUUCCUCUUUAUUCUGUUCGCUGUAUCUUUUAAUCCCAAACACGCUUUUUCUAAUUUAUUUAGUGGAUCUCCUCCUUUGAAUGAUGUUGCAUAGAGUAAAAUAAGUAAUGGUACUAGAUUAAGUCGGAAAACUGCUUCACAUUGGCUUCACUGAUCUUGGAUCAAUGUUUUAAAGAAGCUACAACCUUUUUUCUACUUUAAAUAACAAUAAUGUGACCAGUACACCAUGCUGCACGUAUUGUUCUUGCUCAGUUAAUGUGCAUGGACGCCGGGUCCCCCAACAAAACAAGCACCCUUAUUGCAAGUCAUCACUGUCAUCCAAUAUAUAAUAUAUUCAACAAAUAUAUAUAAACAUGUAUAAAAUACAAGUUUUUGCCAUCUUCAUGUCCUCAAAACAUUUUAAAAGGAAGUGGCAAUAUGGCUAUAAAAUAUAACUAAAAUUGCAUUUAUGCAAGAACCAGGUCAUGUUAUGACAAGCAUGUAUGGAUUCAAAUAUCAAAAGAGGCUAUUUUGUAUUUAAAAGAACUGGAUUUUAGUAAGUUAUUUCCUCAUUUAUUGGAUAAAGAUUAAACAAGUUCAUGUUUUGUAGUUAAUAGUUCUUCACAGUGUAAUGCUUGGUGACAAUGUCAGAAAGCUGAUUUGGUGUUGCUGUGGAAUGAAUCUCAGUCCUGUUGAUGGGCAUCGCUCCUAUUUGUUCAGCAGUUCUAGCCUGUUCAUACAUCAGAAAAAUAUCAAACACUGGAGCUCAUUCCACAAACCUCCGUCCUCUGAAGGUACCUUGUCUCUACAGCUGUGGACAAACACGGAUGAACAGUACAAACAUAUCUCCAUAUAUGCAGGCUUGACGUUGCACUCACCAGGACUGACUGUUGUCUGAGCCACAGGAGAAGAUGCUGAUGCUACAACUUGCACCCUGAUACUUAGCAGAAGAAGCCGCUACUCCAAAAUCUGUCUGUGUGUGUGUGUGCGUGUGUGUGUGUGUACAUUUGGUGCAGAUCCUGUGCCGUUUUACAAGAGGAUGCUACCGUAUCUGGAUGUUUUGUUGCAAUGUUUGGGGAUGAAGAAGUUGGAUAGAAAAAAAAACAAAAAACAAACAAAAAAAAAAGUUUGAAAAACUAAAAUGACACUUAAUGAAGAAAAAAGUAGGCUGACUCAGAGAGAUCAGCCAGCUUCUGCUAUAUCUGUUAGGACAAAGUGUUUGGGUGAUCUAGUUUCUUUUUCAGACACCGUUUGUGGUAUAACCUGCCUUCUCCCUACUUACUGCCCCUAACUGCACCUGUUUGUUUGCUUCUGUGUUUUUUCCGCAUUCCCCAUCUUCGUGUGCCUCUUCCCCUGCCCCCUGCUCCACCCUACAGCGACUGUAAAUGUAUUUAAAAAGGUCAAGUAGAUGUAUGCAGUUUUUCUCUUGUUGAUAUGACACCAAAUACAAUAAUUAAUGACAAUAAAUACAAAAA